UCGCGCGGCUAGCCAUGAAAGACCUGUUGAACGGCGUGGUGAAUACAGAGGAGCAAGUGGAGAACGACGACCUGCACCUGUGUGUUUUGGAUGCAAGGUCGUCGACCACUAUCGGAGCGAUUGUUGACGGUUUUAAACUGACGACGAAGCAAGACGACUUAUGGAAGUGGAUGGCUACCGUUGCCUACCUGAAUUUGAAAGACGAGGACAAUCUGUAUCACCGCAACAACAUCGACAAGUGAUCACCAAGUGGUCACCAUCCGAAGAACCAAGAACAAGUAGCCGACUUGACAACCUUGGCAAGACGGUGGCAGCCAUGAAGGAUUUUGUUGAUUUGAAACUGGCACGGCGGAAAGCCAAGGAAGCGAGGAAACGGGAGAAGGAAGCUGCGAAGAUGCGUGGGGAGGAAGAACGAGUAGCAGCUGAAGAAGCUCGCUUGGCUGCAGAAGCUAAGAACCAGAAGAAGUUGGAGAAGCAGAGACGUCGGGAGGCCGAUCRCAAAGCUAUUACGAAGGCGGUGGAUGUACAAGUCGCGCUGCGCUUGAGAAACGUACCGGAAGUUUUGAAGAAUGAAGUACAACGUGCGGCACGGGAGAUUAUUCCCGAUCUAAAAGGCAAGGCGAAAGUUGUAGAGGAGAACCCCUCGACUUCGACCUCCGCGGAAAUACUAAAYGCUGUGGAAGUUAUCACCGGCGAUAUUGGGAACUUACACAUCUCCGAGAAGCGCAAGAGGGGCGAAGACAUGCCGGUAGGAGACAAUCCUCCCGUCACAAUCCCGGCUAAGCGCACAA